CAGCUCGAUACAGGACUCCAGGUCACAGCUGGGGGAGCAGUUGGGUGUCCUCCAUAGCUCUGUCCACAGACUCCUGUCUCUGCAGCUCCAUGGCCACCUCUGUGCUUCUCCAGGGAAUUCUCCUCCUUCUGCUGCCCACACCCACACCCGCCCCCUGCCAAACUUUCACAUACUCUGAGUGCAAUGAACACGAGACUUUCGUGCCUGGCUCGUGGCUGGCAGGGGAGGGAGUAGACGUGACCAGUCUCCGCCGCUCAGGCUACUUCCCAGUGGACACAACCCACUACCUGCGGCCAGAUGGCACCUGCACCCUCUGUAAGAACGUCCUGCAGGACAACACCCUCCAGCGCCUGCCCCUGGCCCUUGCGCACUGGCGUGCCCAGUCCUCAGUCUGCCAGCGCAAGGUAGUCAAAGCCGAGAUCAAAUCCGUCGAGGGUGUGGCCAAGGAUGCUGCUAGCAACAUCCAAAAUGACUGGCGUGUGGGGCUAGACGUGAAUCCCAAGCCCAGCAGCAACGCACGCAUGACCAUGGAAGGUGCGCACUCUGAUGAAGCUAACUUUGCAGCCAAGAAAGCCCACGAGGACCAGUACACCUUCAGCAAGGAUGAGGUGGAGUGUCGAUUUUACAGUUUUCAACUGGUACACAAUCCCCCACUGCACCCUGAAUUCAAAAAGGCCCUCAGGGCCCUUCUCCCCGAAUUCAACAACUCCACACAGACUGAAUACUUCAGGCUCAUCUCCAGCUACGGCACCCACUUUAUCCGGUCCAUGAAGCUGGGUGGCCGGAUCUCGACCCUCACGGCCCUGCGCACCUGUGAGCUGGUCUUAGAGGGAUUGACAGAUAAGGAAGUGAAGGAUUGCCUGACUGUCGAGGCUGAGGUCAGCAUAGGCAGCAAGGUCAGUUCUUCAUCAGAAUACAAGGCCUGUGAGGAGAAGAAGAAGAAGCACGAGAUAACAAACACCUUCCACCAGACCUUCCGGGAACGUUAUAGUGACAUAGUUGGUGGGCACCACACUUCCUCGCAUGACCUGCUGUUUGGGAACCAUGCCAAGCCUGAGCAGUUCUCACAAUGGGUAGACUCACUGAAGGACACCCCAGGCCUUGUGGACUACACCUUGGAGCCUCUGCAUGUGCUGCUGAAGAGACAGGACCCACACCGAGAGGCCCUGAGGCAGGCCGUGAGCAAGUAUGUGUUGGACAGGGCUCGCUGGAGGGACUGCAGCCGGCCCUGCCCUGAGGGGCAGCAGAAGAGCCACAAAGACCCGUGCCAGUGCUUGUGCCAUGGCAUGGAACUCACCAAUCAGGGCUGCUGUCCUCGCAAGAGGGGACUAGCACACCUGGAGCUUAAGAACCUCCAGACAAGAGGCCUGAGGGGAGACUGGACCACUGAAACAGACGCCUAUGUGAAGGCCUUCUUUGGCGACCAGGAGCUGAAGACAAGCACAGUGUGGAACGACAACAACCCCACAUGGCAAACAACGCUGGACUUUCAGGAUGUGGUCCUGGAAAUGGGGAGGCCCCUGAGGGUGCAGGUCUGGGAUGAAGACAAUGGCUGGGACGAUGACCUUCUCGGCUCAUGUGACACAGAACCAAAAUCUGGGUCACACGAGGUGACCUGCAACCUAAACCACGGUCACCUGAAAUUCUCCUACCAAGCCAAGUGCCUGCAACACCUGACGGGGGCUACCUGCAGGGACUAUGCUCCCCAAGGGCGUCUAGGGGAGCCUCCAGGAAACAGGAGUGGGGCAGUGUGGUGAGAGCAGCAGGCCUGAGGGGACCAGAAUGUCUGGCCUAACAGGAUUCUCACAGACAGUGCCCAUUAGCCUAAUGGAAAACAGUCUUCUUUUUUUUUUCUUCACUCAAGUGGCUGAACUUACAGGUCUGCCCUAAAUCUCCUUGUCCAAACUGGUUUAGCUCCUCCAUAUUCUUGGGUCCUGGAAAUGAGCUGGGCUGGGCCACACCAAGUGUGUUUGCUGCACAAACGCAGCUGCAAUUCCCACCCAGCUUCUUGCUGUCAUUUAAGAACUUUCUGCAACCCUUUCUAGUGUGGUGAAUGCCUUUUCAUAUUAAAUCCAACCCUGCAGCCCCAGCACUUCUGUUUUCUCUAACUUCUUUGCCCACCAAGUUUAGCCUCUCAGAUGAAUCAUAAGUGCCUUGACCUGACUCAUACACAUAACCUGACACACAAAAUGAUGUGAUGGUAGCAGCUCUCUUGCACCAGGUAUGGCCUGGGGCUUACACCCUCUGCUGUGUCACUUACUUAUUAGCCACGUGACUUGGGUGAAUAAUCUGAGCUC